AUGCCUUCCUCUUCAUCUCCGGUCCUCUGGGGCCUGCUCCUGUGGACCAAUUUCACUCUUCCUCUGCCUGUCACCUAUUCAUCCUCUCGCCGUUUACCCUCUAUUCCUCUUGACCACUUCCCCUGCUGUGACCUAUAUUUUCUGUCGCUGUUAAGAAAACCCCGUCGAAGUGCUUUGUAUAUUCUGUACUACUAUCUCCUCACCUGUUUAUACUUUCUUCCGAAUUCGGGAUCUCUAUCCAGGUUCUCUGCCCUCGACGCUCUUCAUUCCUCAUCAAGGUCCUCAGGCCUCCUCGACGUGUUCUUUAUCCCCUAUCCCUACCGCACGUCCAUAUGCACCGUCUCAGGCAGUUGCUGGACGUGUGACGUACACGAUCCUCGAAAAGCUACAUGCGGCUCUGUACUUUUACCUGGUCUCUUACUCUCGCCGCCAUUCUUCGUAUCUGCAGUACGUACUGUUCCUCUGGUUCUUGGUUCUUUGGUGUAA